AUGGUGGAGAUCGCAUGGUAUGGCGGCGCCUUGAACGGAGCAGUGCUGCAAGGGGAUGGACAAAUCACCACAGUGCACACACUUUGCCGAGACAGUGAGGUGAGGGCACUUGCUCGCAUCCGCUAUAAUGAUGAGUUCUUGCCAAUAACAACGAUCGGUGACUUCACAAAGGCUUGCUUCAAAUGCCCGAUGUCGAGAACCAUGCUUGCAGGAACAGCUGAGAAUCAGGAUGACUUCAAGUGGGUACUGAACUGGGGAUUGAAUGACCUGGGUGUGGCCGUGCUGGCCCUGAUUUUGCCAGUCGCCCCGGAUGACAGCGUGCUUAGCAAGAUCGUGAAUCCCGACUCCGGCUUUCGCGCUGCUGUGAAAAUGUUCCACUUCGAGAGUUUCUCGCCGUUCUCUGACGUGUGCUGGGGUGUGAUCGUCUACAAAAGCGGCCAGGACAACCGCAAAGUUCUGACGAUGAUGGAUGAAGCUUCCAAGACAGGGGCCGGUGUCGUGGCGUACGUUCCGUCCCCCGGAAGUCCCAGCUCAACCCUGCAGAUCUUCAACUGGGAUGCGCAGCCAAGCGAUGACGUGGCAGAGGCUGAGGAGGACGGGGAGAAGCGCCGGGACAAGAACAAGCGCUGCAUGGACACCGCGGAGCUCUUGAAUCAGGUUCGGAAGGAGCACGGCGACACCGAGCAGAUAUGGUACAAGGAUGUUUCCGGCGGUGGCAAAAGAUCCCGAUGCUCACAAACGCCCCCGCGUCUCAGGAGUUCCUCAGAUGUCAUGAUGUCUACAAACGGUGCCUUCCAUAUGGUCGGGCUGCAGGAGUAUUUGGGCUGGCUUGGCUGGAAGAGGCACAACGUCAAGUUGCACCUCGUUGAGCCGAAGAAAGCUGCAACCAACAUCGUGGCCAAGACUCCACCGAAGGAGAUCAUGGACAUUGUUCUCCGAACAGCUCUGGCAUUGGAUGUGUUUCAGAAAGGUGCCUGGCAAUAA